AUGUGUUUUCAAUCGAUUGGAACUUUCGUGAACGGCGAGUGAAAUCAUUCCUUAACGCAAAUCAUGCGCCACUGAGAAACGAACUCCCGCGCAAUACAGGAAGCGGCGCGUCGGCGUGUGCGCAUCAUGUUUGGUGUACUUCCGGUACGAUGGGUCGCGCGCCUCAAGCAUGGAGGCGUCGCCAACCAGUUCGUUAUGGCUACUAUGGUCACAAUUCCAGCUCUGAACUUCGGUAUGCUGAUGGGUUGGCAGUCUCCAAUGACUCCAAUUCUACAGUCACCAACAGGACCAGCUCCGGAGCCAAUCAGUGACGAGACCAUAUCCUGGAUGGCAGCUAUUACUUUUAUGCCCCCUAUCUUCUGUGGAUUUAUGGUUGGAGAUCUCGCUGACCGAUGGGGCAGGAAGAUCACUACUCUUCUGACGGCGCUUAUGCUUGUGUUGAGCUGGACCAUCACCCUAUUCUCUCUCCGUCCUUGGGCCCUCAUCAGCUCGCGAGCUGUGGCCGGGCUCGCGUGCGCAGGCUGCUAUGUUGUGAUACCGUUAUACUUAAAGGAGAUAGCAUCAGAUAACAUCAGAGGCGCUCUUGGCUCCUUGUUCAUCCUAUCACAGAACCUAGGCUACCUAGUGGUCUACGUGGCAGGGGAUCUCCUGUCAUUUGACGCAGUAUUAUGGCUCUGCACCUCAGUACCAGCUAUAUUCCUCGUGGCCUUCAUCGCAAUGCCUGAGACGCCUGUGUUCCUGGUCAAACAGGGGAAGAUAAAGGAAGCUCGUGCAGCACUAGCCUGGCUCCGGAACACCACGACAGAUGACAAGGACCUUGAGGAAGCUAUACAACAACUGGAAAGAGAGGAGGAAUACGCCAGGAGUAUGAAGAAAGCCACCUGGAAGAGUAUAGUUAAAGACAAGACAACGUUCAAGGCGUUUCGCAUAUCCCUCAACGUGAUGCUGUCCCAAGAGACGUGUGGAUACCUAGUGGUGCUCAUGUAUGCUGGCUCCAUCUUCGAGCAAGCUUCGGAGUCCAUCAGCCUGAAAUUGAGUCCCAACAAGCAAACUAUUGUUGUGGGUGUUAUCCAAUUGCUGGGCAGUGUGGUGGCCAGCUGUAUUGUGGAACAGACUGGUAGAAAGUGGCUUCUAGCGGGAACUUCCCUAGCAACAGGCAUAUCAAUGCUGGCACUGGGCGCCUGGUUCUACAUCACCUCCCUGAACAUCUGGCUGCCUGGCUGGCUGCCAGUCCUCGCCAUGUGUCUCUGCAUCUUUGCUGAUGCUGCAGGGUACCAACCAGUGCCCUACGUUAUUACUUCAGAGCUGUUCUCAUUUCAGCAUCGUGGAAUGGUGACUUCCUUCGUCAGCUCCGUGGAUGCCCUCAGCGACUUCCUUCAAACCAAAGCCUACGACCCACUCCUCAAACUCCUGGGAAUCCACUGGGUCUUCAUCAUGUUCUCCAUAGUUUGUUUCUUAGGGACAUUUUACACUGUCAUGUGGGUCCCAGAAACUAAAGAUAAGACUGUAGAAGAGAUAUACGCGAUUCUAGAAGACAGCAGAAAGAAGGAGAAGAGGAAAGGGAUAGACGAUCUGGAGUGUGGGAAAGAGAUGAGUAGAUUAUAAGCAUUUAUGAGAGUUGUCGAAUUGAUGGGUUUAGGGUGUUGACGAAACAACAUACGUAAUGUGUAUUUUAUUGGUCAAAAUCGAAUGAAAAUUGUUGUUG